AUGCCCCGGACCGUUAAAGUCGCCGUGGUAGGCAGCGGCUUAGCGGGAUUGACUGCUGGUUACCUCCUCACUUCAUCUCACCCACAAGAUGAUGUCGAAUUCGACGUUCACAUCUUCGAAAAGACGCCAACGCUUGGGAUGGAUUCUUCUUCAAUGUCGAUUGGAAGUGGGGAUGGCGAAUGGCGAAUAGACGUGCCAAUGAGGUCUUUCCAAGGAGGAUAUUAUCCCCAUCUAAUCGAGCUUUACCGUCAACUAGGCGUCGCCUUCAGGCCCAAGGACUUUUCCUAUUGCUUUUCCGUCUUUUCGCCACCGUCCGAAAAGGGCGCAACCCCAUUACAAACGACCAUGAUCUACAACGGCGCGUCUGGUCGUGAAGGGGUUUCGAUGCCAGCCUGGCUUCGUGAUCACCAUCUCAAGCAGAAAAGCCAUCGCGCUAUAACGCGUGUAUUUACCUUUGGCCUCUUCCUACUCGCGACACUUCAUCUAGUCGUAUGCUACAUACGGCUGCUAUUUCUCGUUUUGCCGCCUUUGCGGUCAAGAAAGGUGUCCACACAAACAUUUGAGCAGUGGACGCAAGAGACAACACCCAGGCACUUCAUCGGGCGGAUGCUAGGCUGGGACUCGAUGUGGCAGUCCUUCACACAAGAUAUUCUCGUUCCACUAUUUUCUGCCGUAUGCACUGCACCAGAGGCAGACAUAAUGACGCAUCCUGUUGAGGACUUCCUCGAUUAUAUCUGGUUGACACUCGGGACUCACCAUUUUGUCGUGGAGAAGGGUGUUCGAGAUGUCGUUUCUCGGCUGACUUCUAACAUGAAGAAUGUUCAUCUCUCCUCGCAAAUUGUCGGUAUCCACGUCGACCCGAGCAACGCCAGCCUGGCCUCGAUUGAGUGUGCCGCGAAAAACGGGACGGUAACAUACGACGGCUUUCACCAUGUUGUAUUUGCGACUCAAGCAACACGGGCUUGUCCAAUGCUGUCGACAUACGCUACUUCGCUUGCGACGGACCCCCACGCUCGUCAAGCAAUCAUGGCCCAGAUCAACGCGCUUGAAGCGUUCCACUACGUCCGGACUGUUGUAAUAAACCACACCGACGAGUCAGAAUUACUCCUUCCUUCAGAUCCCUCGGACCGACGCGAUCUCAACCUGGUACAUUGCCCACCAUCAAGUUCAAGUUCUCACGAGACAGAGAAGCCGUGGUCACCCCACCGCGUUUCCUCGGACUACACUAUGGCGACCCAUAUACUGACCUCCCCCUCUUCAACCGCCCCUGCGGUUUUCCAAACGACAAACCCAUUCGUACCUAUCCACGAGGAACAUAUUCUCAGCGUCGCAACCCUUGAACGCGCAGUUCUCACUCUCCCGUCAAAAGCAGCCCUCCGCGGGCUCUGUAAAACCGCAACACCUUCAUGGUAUCAAUGUCCUGCCGAAAUGGACUGUCAACUCGGCGACCUACAAGGCGCUGGCCGCCUCCAAUCUGACGCCCACGCAGGCAUCUGGCUCGUGGGCUCCUAUGCCAGCGUUGGCAUUCCAUUGCUAGAGGGCUGUGUCGUUAGCGCAAAGAACGUCUAUUUGGCGAUAUGUAAAACCGAGGGUAUACCUCCCUCUGUCGCCAGCCAAUUCUAA